AUGGCAAGGUUUUGGUGGGGGGCAGAUGAGCAUCAAAGGAAAAUACAUUGGACCAAAUGGAGUGCACUCACUGAGGUUAAAGAAAAGGGAGGACUAGGCUUCAGGGACCUGGAAAUGCUCAACACAGCCUUACUAGCAAAGCAACUGUGGAGGAUCAUUGCUCAGCCUAAUAGGCUUGUUAGUAGAGUUAUGAGAGCAAAAUACAUGAAAAGAGAACAGGAUUGGAUGAGGCAAGCUUCUACAUCAGCAUCAUACCUAUGGAAGAGCCUACUGAGUGCAAGAUUCCUUUUGAUAAAUGGCAUAAGAAAACAAGUUGGGGAUGGGAGUACUAUUCAUGGUGUGGCAAGACAGAUGGAUACCAGAUUCAAGAGAUGGCAAAGUGGAACAAGAUAG